AUGUUUGUCGCUCUAGUGGAUUUUCUUGUUAUAUUGGUAUUCCUUCUUCUUGCGGUUGGGACUUUGCGGAAUGUAUUGACGCUGUUGGAGCUCUUCUCCAUUCGCCGUUCCAUUCAACAGCACAGGCCUCCCAUUGUUAUUCCCUUCCUAGUCUUUAUCACGCGCCCUCUGCGCGAGAUCGCCUCCACGCAGCUGGUCAGAAGAGGGCUCGUGAUGAAUGACGCGUCGAUGGUUUACGGCCUCGCGCUGCCGCUGCAGUUGCACGCCUCGCCGUUUUCGAAGAUGUACGUGAAACUCGGCACCGCGCCCGGCGAGACCCCAUCGGACCGAGAGGAGCACAAGGACAAUGGAGCGGGAAUCCGCGACGGGGGGCUCUUUUCGACGGCGUUGUCGCUGGACGCCGGCAAGAAGGAGCAGGAGGGGCAGUGUGUUGUGCAAAACAGUCAUGGUCAUGUGGUGGGUGAAAUUGGUUCCGAGUCGACUGCAGAGUUUCCGAGAAGGAAGAGUUGUGACCGCCGUGGAUCCUUGCAGAGUGUGGAUCUCCCGUGGGGUGAUGAUGGCAGUGCCAAGCUGGCGCAGCUGAUGGCCCGCAGUCAACUCUCAGUUGCAUUUCGGCUGGAGGGUUCGUCGCAACUCGGCGCAACGUGGCUCCGCCGCCAUGACAAGCCAGGAUUGGCGUCUGUGCCAACAGAAAUGAUCUCCAUGUCGCUGUUCGGUGAGGAUCUAACAUGUGAGGACACCAUGCCGUUCUUUGACCUGGGCGCUGAAGUGAUGGGUGCAGGAGCAACAGCUACCGACACUACGAAUACUAAUGCUACUGCUGCUACUAGUGCUGCUGCUUGCGCCCCUGUAGAGCUGCGCUGUGCCUGUAUCAUUGGCGCGAACGAUGUAGACCUCAUGAGAGCCAUCACGAUCGGCACGACGCAGACGUUUGGUGUGUGGCCUCUCUCGUAUCACUGCCACUACACGCCUGAGAUUGAGGCCAAUUGCGUUCGUGAGCGAAUGAAGCUGAUUGAUUGGCACAACAGACAACGACUCGGUGCCCGCUUUCAAUCGCGUGAUAGUCUCUUGCCGUCAUCCGUGUCGGGCCUUUCCUUUAGAGAAAGAGCGGUGACGCACUCUAGGAGUGCGCGACGUCAACCUCAAAAUCGAAAUCUCAUGCCGCCGGGAAACGAAGUCUCGCAAUCGCGGCGUGAAUCAUUCGGCUCUCUUACCACCACAUUGGGCUGCACGCGCUCGUUUCACCGCAGCUUGAAGUCAAAUAUGGUUACAGAGACCUUUUUGGAUGCGUCGGAGAUGGAGGGCGCGGCUGUGCGCAGCAUGCGAGAAGGUGUGAGGGGGGAAAAACAACAACAACAGCCGCAGCUGCAGAAGCAGGGACAUAUGCUGCCCCAGGAAGAAAGCUGCGGACCGCGAGACACGACCGAAACAGCCAAUGAUGGUGCGUUCGCUACAGCUAUUUCUGCGUCGGCGUCGGCGUCAGAGCAGUCGUCAUCAUCAGCGUGGAUGGACUCCACCUCGAGUGCUUCUGUCAAUACGCCUAGAAACCUGAUUGACGAGGAUGAGGCACCGGCAACGGAGCCACGAAGCAUCCGUGGAAGCAGCGCCAGCUCAGAGCAGGAGGGUAUUGCAGGUGCUGCGGUGGACACGGCAGAGGCUCCUUGGAGGAACGCUACUUCUGGUAUUAACCCUACGACCACUACAGCAACCAACAUUACCAGGGUGCUUCCUCGUGAGGCUACUUCGGUUGAAAUCGAGGGAGGGAAGCUCCACGGCGUCCUUGCGAGUCAACGUGAUUCCCGGCGUUCAUCGUUGUUUGAGCAACGAGUGCGUACAGGCAAUACAACAGCAACGACGAUGACAUACGAGGUGUUUAUGUGCGUCAAACCAUGCAUCAUAGACUCCGGUGUUUCUUCCCCUGCAUUUGUACCGACAGAUGAUGUGGAACUCGCUCUGGCAGCCAUUCAGAACUGCCACACGGCCACUGGCAUCACCCCUAAGGGGGCCACGGCCCUUUGCGAGGCCACGUCGGCUACUCGAAAGGAAGUUAUGGUGCAGGGAAGCAAAAAAGGACAACAACCGCAGAAUAUGUCUUCACCACUUGAGGAAGGCGUAGAAAGGGGGCAAAGGCGUAUGCAUCCCCUUGCUCUUGCCAUCAUGAUCGCCGUGCAGGCUCCACCCGUUCGGCGUGAAGUCUCUCGUCGUGAACGUCGACGCGGAGUGAGUCAAAACAAAACAGAGCCGAUUGACUGUGUUGUGUGUGUGUACAGCACAGAAGGUAAAAAGGGCGAAGCACUCCCAAGGAAGGCGAGCACACACGAUGUCGGUGAGCCUCAAAAGCAGCAGCAACCCCUCCGGCCUCAUGCAUACUCCUCCUUUGGGUCCUUUUCCUCCGCCAUGCUCGCGGCGGGCAGCUCUAACCACGAUCCGGCUGAGUGGAGCCGCAUGGAGGAAACUCUUGUUUACGACGGGGACGAGCGGCGCGAUGCGCGGAACGGAGACGACGCGGUGAAUCAUCAGCGGACGUUCACGCGCGAGGGCAGAUCGGCGCUACUGGACGCAAUGCGUGGCAGUGGUGGGGUAGAGCUACCAAUGACACUGCAAUACAUGCGCGUGGGUAGCGACCUGUAUGCCGUCACAGAGAUCUCCGACCGUACCUUCGUACAGUACCGCGAGGAGCGCGUCCUCAUCGGUGGCCGCGACGGCAACAGCCACUCGGCCGGUGCUACGACAGAAAUACGCGACGCCAACGGUCGUGACUCGUUCAUGGGUCGGCGGCACGCCUCGUACCGCAUCGGUGGCGUGUCGUACUCGCUCGCGGCACCGGCGCAGGAGGUGGUGCGGAUGUGUUGGCUGUGCCUGCGCGAAGAGGCGGACGUAAUUUUCUGGNGUACUCGCUCGCGGCACCGGCGCAGGAGGUGGUGCGGAUGUGUUGGCUGUGCCUGCGCGAAGAGGCGGACGUAA